CUUUGCCCACCCAUCUCACCUUCUCCCCGGUUGCUCAAAAAAAAAAUCCCCUUUCCCCACACGCCGCCGCGGCUUGCUCUGCCCGCCCUCUCCGCCGCCGUCUCUCUGCCAGCCCCAGCCCCAGCCCCCGCCUUGCUCCCUCUCCGCGCUCUCCACCCCUGACGACCAGCGCGGCCGCUCGUGUCGACCGCGUUGUCGCUCCCCCCUCACCUAGCACUGCCGCCGCUCCGGUGGGGGAAGGUCCAGGCCGGCGUGGCGGCGCGUCACGGAGCCACCCCCAAACGCCCUGCAGCUUGCAGCUAGUCACCACCUGUGUCGGAGCGUUGGAUGCCUGAAAGAACAGGACAUGGCUGAUUUUACGGAGCGGCAUUGUUCCACUGAAUGUGUUAAGAUUUGCGAGGCACUGAACUGAAAGGCCUAGUCGGUCGUGGACCAGAACCUGUUCCUGCCGUGAUUGUCGAUCUCAUAGAGAAGAAGUGUGCGGAGAAAUGUUUGAAUCUGAUCAUUUCAUCCUCAUACUGAACACUUUUAAUUUCCGCCAUGAAUUUGCUAUUUCCUACCAGAAAGAUAAUUUCCUUUUCUUCUUGGCUUUUGCAGGCUCCGUAAUUUUGGGAAAAAUAAAUUUAGUGACCCAAGUGUGCUGCUUUCUAUUCUGACCAAUUUGGGAGGGGAAUGUCACAUUGGAUGCCUGAAGGAACAGGGAUGUACAUGUACUGCUACUGCGCCGUAUUGACUGUGGGGUAAGCUUUUUUUCUUCCUCACUCCGCCUGGCUUGAGAUCGACCAUGUAUGUAGGUACCAUCAUAUGUUCUAGCAUAAAUGAUCUGGGGUGGCCUCGGCGAGAGACGCCAAUAAUCCCAUCGCUAGGUGCUGGGAUCCAGGGGGCACCGUCAAGGAGCAAAGUCCUAAGAUCGACCACUCUGAGUUUUGCGCACCCCAUGGCCCCCUUCGGCCCAGUCUCCAUUGACCAUAGGGUUAGAUCGGCUGUCUUGCGCCGCCAUGAGACACCCCUUGCCCGCGACCGGCUUCUUCAACACUGACAAGCGGAGCGCGCCAAGUUGGCACUCCACGAUCCCACCAACGUCGAAGUAGAGUGCAUCGCCCACAAGGACGCUAAGGCGCGGCCAAGCUAAAAGGGCACUUGUCAUCGUGGUGAUGAAGAGAGGCGAGCUCGGUCCACGCGCGAGUCUCCGACAAUUACAUCCAUCCGGAAGUCACUGUUCCCGGCAGAAUGGUGGACACGGCGACCAGAUGGAAAUGGCCCUCCAGAUGGAAAUGCAGAGCAGCACCGCCUCCAAAUUCCGGGCCUUCAAAUACCCCUCUCCCUCCCUCUCCGCCGCCCAAACCCAACUCCAAAAAUCUCCCAACAUCACAUCAGAGGGAUCGAUCAAAAAAGAAAGAUCGAUCAAGAAGGGAAGAAGAUGGCCUCAAUCGGCAACGGCAAGCCCGAUGCCCAGGGCCAGGAGCGCCAGGCGGCGAGGCUCCUGCCGCCGGCCGAGGUGCCGCCUCCGCACACAGACGCGGGCCUCGUGGUGCUGUUCGACCUCCUACGACGACGGGUCGACGGAUUCCCCACCUGGAUGCUCCCCGCCUACCUCGUCCACGGAGUCGACGUCUACGGCCACCACCCGCAGGAUCUGCUGCGGCGCCAUCCGCCGGCGACAUCGCCCGACGGCAAGCGUGCCUCCUACUUCGUGAACCUGGUACGCCCCCUCACCGCGACGGAUGCAAGAAGAAGCAGGGUCGUGCCGGGGGGGUUCUGGAAGUCGGAGCGCGCCCCCGUCCCCGUCGAAGCCGCCCCCGACAAGAUGAUCGGAACCAAGCAGGCCUUCUCUUUCAUCUCCAAGGAGGCGGAGCACAAGGGUGGACCCCGCGGCGGGUUCAUCAUGCACGAGCUCCUUCUCCCCGGCCAGGCAGGACGCCUCGCCGGCGGGGACGAGCUGGCGCUCUCAAAGGUCUACCCGUCUCCGCGCGUCGCCACCAAGAAGAGGUCCAGGUCCCAGGGACAGGGACCGACCGCCAGCGCAACAAGGACCGCGGCCGCCUCCUCUGCUCCAGCGCCGACGUCUUCGCCGCCUCUGCUCCAGCGCUCCUGCGACGUCUUCAGCAGCGCAAGAAGCAGCAGCGCCGUCUCCUCUCCGCCUCCUUCCCUGGAGCCGCCGGCCUCCUCUGCUCCGCCUUCCCUGGAGGCCUCGUCUCUCGGGCCGGCAUCCUCUGCGCCGGGGCCGGCAUCCUCUUCUCCGCCCCCCAUCCAGGGAUCAGCAUCGUCUCCACGGCACCGGCAGGGUGCCGCCAAGAGGGUGCUCCUCCUGGAGGUGGGCGACUCCCCCCCGAGGGAAGGCCACAACAUUUCGUGCCACCAGGUCUACCGCGCCAUGGAGGUUCUUGGACCCGGGAGGCAUGUCCCCAUCGACUGCGCUGACCUCUUCCUGCUUGACAGCGGGAAGGGGAAGAGGCAGCGGACGGCUGCAGAGUUUUGAGAAAACUCUGUCGCCCCGCCAUGGGCAAAAUCUAAACUCUGUUGCUGUGUAACAUUCAGACAAAAAAUUUGAUAGGAAACUUUAGCUGUGAUUCAGUCGUUUUUUGAGAUUCAGUAGUUGCUUUGUUACAACUUAAUUGAUUGAAAUCCGGCAUAAUCAGUGGCGAUGAUGUUAAAACUUUGGUUUUCUUCUCAAAACAUUCGCUGUUGCCGACUAAAAAUGUGUCUAUGAUGGAAGGUUUGAUGUUAAACUUUGGUUUGAGAGUUCC